UCCCGCGAGAAAAAGGUCUGGCGUUUUGAAGUUGUCAAAAGGAGGUGAUCUGGGACUCUUUGAUGCAACAGGUGCAUCUCUUUGGCUGGUCAAUGUGACCAAGAAGGCUUCCCAGGCUGUGAUAUUAGAUUCUGGUAAUUUUGUAAUGCUCAGUGAUGACUAUAAAACUUAAAUUGUUUGGCAGAGUUUCGACUAUCCUGUUGACACUUUGUUACCAGGAAUGAGGAUUGGUGGACAGCAAAAGCUAGCCUGUUGGAAAAGUUCAUUGGAUCCUGCUCCUGGUCUUUUCUCUUUUCAUGUGGAUCCAUCUGGGGCCAAACAAUUCGUUCUAACAUGGAACAAUUCUGUACAGUAUUGGACGAGCGGAACCUGGGACGGCCAUGUUUUCAGUCAAAUUCCAGAAAUGACAAACGAAGCCUUACACAAUAUCAGCGUUGAAGAUACUAACACUGGUUUGUAUAUUACAUAUACAUGGAUGAUUCUGAAGCAUGAGCUCUCACGUUUCGUCCUAGUGAAGUUGGGAGUAAUACAACAAUAUUCUUUGCUUGAUGACAGUAGAUGGAACUUGUUCUGGUUUCAACCAAGAGAUCAGUGUGCCGUAUAUGGUCAAUGCGGCGCUUACGGAAGCUGCAACCCCAACAAUAUUGAAUUCUGCAGCUGCGUGGAAGGCUUCACCCCGCUGAACAAUUACACCUGGGCUUCGCAGGAGUGGUGGUUCAGUGGCUGUGUUCGGCAUAGCCCGUUAAACUGUUAUGCCAAAAAUAGCAGCACGGACGGAUUCCUGGAGCCGAGCGUCACGUUGCCUGAUGUUGAUUCCGCUUCCUCAUACCCUGGCAACCUCAAAGAAAGAUUGCCAGAAAGCCUGCCUCCUUAA